AUGAUGCGCGAGUCCCAAGGGAGCACACGAGUUGAUCUCACGGGCCUGCGCAUGGACGAUGUGCUGGAGGUGCCGUCACGGGAUGCCGGUCGAACACUUCGGACCCACGUCUACUAUCCAAAGAGGGAGAUUCGCGCGUCAGACGCUGGUCCUGCACCUGCAGUGAUCAAUGUUCACGGCAGCGGCUAUGUGAUGCCCUACCACGGCGUCGACGACGAAUAUGCUCGCACGCUGGCAGACAGGGCCAAGGUCGUGGUGCUCGAUGCAAGUUACCGCCUGGCGCCCGAGAAUCCCUUCCCGGCAGCAUACGACGACGUUGUAGACACAAUCCGCUACGUACUGAGCAAGCCAGAGACUUUCGACCCGUCUCGUAUCUCUCUCUCCGGCUUCAGUGCUGGUGGAACCCUGAUCCUGGCAGCGGCUUCCCAGGCUUUCGAGAAGACCACAUUCAAGAACUUGGUCACAGUCUAUCCGGGCACCCUUCUUGGCGGGAGUGAGCUGCAGAAGAGACCAGCAGAUACAGAGCCGGUCGACGACAAGCUCGAUCUCCUGUUACCCGACUGGGCGAGCGCCGUCUUCAUUCAGUCAUACGUUCAGAAUCCAGAUCUGUACACCGACCCCAGAGUUUCGCCUCACUACGCCAGCCCGCAAGCCUUCCCUGAUCGUAUACUCUUCAUCACGGCCGGGUACGACGUCUUCUGCCCAGAAGCAGAGGAGUUGGCUGCCAAGAUCCAGUCGAGCGAUCCGGCCAAAGAGGUGGUUGUGCACCGCAUGAGGAACUUUGGCCAUGGAUUCGACAAGAAGCCUCUGGACAGCGAACCUCACAACAGGGCGCGAGACGAAGCGUACGGACUAGUCGUCGAUUUCUUGAUAAAAGACCACGAGGUGGCACACCACGCUCAAGAUCAGAAUCGCGGCCUUUUGGCCGGAAGGUCGUUCAGCAGCCGCUCGCACAGGCAACUUGGGUCACAGUAUCAUUCGUUGAUGAAUCAGUCCUCGUCACGUGGGGUGCAAGCGUCCCCCAGUCGGCCGGGAUCGGCGUCAAACGCGCUGUUGCAGCGCACAAACGGGCCGGACGAGGAGGACAGAGACGGAGAAAUUGGAGGAAACCGCGCAAAGCGAGUGAAGCUGGGCUCCAAACUCGCCUGCUCGCGCUGCCGAAGCCUCAAGGCGAGGUGUGAGCCACAGGAGCCUCCGAAUGGCAAGUGUACUCGAUGCACUCGCCUGGCCUUUGACUGUGUCUGGGUGGAGAGCCAAAAGCGCGGACGCAAGUCGAACAGGCCACCGUCGCAGCCGCAAUCACACCCGCAGCCGCAGUCGCAGUCGCAGCCGCAGCCGGCCGAGGAUCCGGCUCCAGCCACUUCUCAGCAUGAGGAUCCGCUUGAUCGACUGUCCAUGCUGGCGUCGGCAGCCCCCAUGCCUACUGUCUCUGCCGGUGCUGGCGGCCCCCACGCGUCGUCGUCAUCGUCCUCGUCGUUGGCACAGCAAAAGAGCUACUCGCUCGGCUCGUCUCUGCUACCGCAUGGAUAUUCUCCUUCCGAGUCAAGUCCGCGUUCUGACGCGCAGCGGUCCUACGAUCACGCUGGCUCGCUGCGCGACGAGACGAGCCCGCAAUCGACACUGCCAAAGCUGUCCAUGAUGGACCUCGCACAGGCAAAGGAAAAGGCGCUGCAGGAUCUGAGCGCACCAGGUCCGAUCUCGUCGGCGUUGCAGCGGCGGCCUGCGAUUGAGCCACGGCCCGAGCCUGAUCCGAUCGACAUGCACGUCCUCUCCGAGCUCGACGCCUACCAGCUGUUCGACCACUACCACGUCAAGAUGAACGCAUUCAUCAUCCUCCUCGACCCGUUCCUUCACAAGGUCGACUACGUCCGCAAAGCGUCGCCGGUCCUCUUCAGCACCAUCCUUGCCGUCUCGGCCAAGUUUAUCCGCCCGCAGCUGUACCACCCCCUGCUGAUGCAUGCGAAGCAGCUGACGGGACGGGCGAUCAUCGACGGCAAGGUGUCCAUCGGUCUCGUCCAGUCCAUCCUUAUUCAAGUCUACUGGAAAGAGCCAGACGACUCGAGCGCGUGGCUGAGGGUGGGCGAAGCCAUUCGCAUGGGCUACCAACUGCACCUGCACAACCACCGACCGAACCCGCUUCCCGACGACGAAUUUGAGGCGCGCUUGAUCCUCGACCGCGAGCGGACCUGGAUCGACCUGUGCGCAUUCGACCAGACAUUCUUUCUGCAGAGCGGCGAAGAGGACGACGGCUUCCACCAGACAUGCAUGAUCCCCCAUUAUCGAAUCAACGUGCAGGGCUGGCUCAGGGAGACGAAGCGCUUCGGUGUCGAGGACGAUCUCGAACAAGGCGCCAACUUUGAGUGGAUCAAGAUGCAGCGGCUGAGCCGGGACAUCCUCCGCGCUCGUCCGGGGAAUGCUCGCGCCCUCGGCGAGCACGUCCAAGGCACGCUCGAGGCAGCCUACCAGCAGUACCUCGAUCCACGCUCACCCGACGCAUUUGUAUCCGAGACGCGACCGUGGAUCAGAGUCAACUUCUGGCUUGCUGCCGCAUCGCUUGCCCUCGCUCGCGCCAUGCUGACUGCCGUCGGCAUCGAUGGUGAUCUGCUCGCAAACUGGGUCGUCGCCUCGGGCGCCUUUGUUGACGCGCUCGAGAUCAUUGCCAAGCACGGCUACAUCCAGUACUGGCAGGACACGCUUGGCAUCACGCUCUACUCGAUGGGCGAGUUCAGCGUCAAGAGUAAAUGCAGCCACACAACGGGCCAUCGUCGGAUGGCUGGAACGCAGUAA